AUGACAGAAUACAAACCACAAUCUCUUUGUAUUCUCCCAGCUAACGUUAAUCCCAAAAACUGCAAAGUUAAAAAUAACAAGAACUACUAUUUCUUUCUUUUAUCUACACAACCUGCUCUUAAAACCUCUAUGGAAAUCUCUCCAACUAUUUCAAAAAACAGAUUCAAUAGAAUUUCUGAAGAACUUCCUCAAUCACUUGCUCUUCAAAUCACUCCUAAAAUUCUUUUUCCCAAUUUCUCUUCACAACCAAAUCCAAACCUCAAAAUUACUUCUUAUUCUCAAUAUACACACUACUAUAUGAUUU